ACAGUUCCCGACCUCCGACGAGAUCUCAGGCUGCCACACUAAAGAGGAACAAAAAGGCGAUCUGACAGCGCUUUCUGCACUCCCUCCACUUUCUCCGGGGUAGUCACGGGAUUUCAAUGUUCAGCUUGCUCUUUGGUUUCUGUGUUGACUUGAGCCGUACCUAUAUGGCGUGUGUGAGCGGAGAGUUCUGCCAGGCACAGCACCUCACCUCUGUGGAGAAGUGAAUCGGCCGCCCCCCGAGGGACUACGCUACCCAGAAACCCCCCUGACUGCCAGUGCGCUAGGAGCUGCUGACUUUUCCCAAAGGCCCUCUGGGAUAUUGCGUAGCCCUUGGCCUGAUUGCUCUGCCCUGUCCCAACCGAUACGAAAAACCUUUGCUUUCUACUUUCUUCUUGAACAGCCAAUCACAAACAGCUCUCCUGAAUGGGCCGUCUCGCCAACAUGAACCGCCCCGCUGCAGUUGAGAUUGUCUACGAGCGCAUGAGGUUCCUCAUCACCCACAACCCCACCAACGCCACACUUAACAAGUUCACCGAGGAACUGAAAAAAUUUGAGGUGAACACUCUGGUUAGAGUUUGUGAUGCCACCUAUGAUAAGGCUCCAGUAGAGAAAGAGGGGAUACAGGUCUUGGACUGGCCUUUUGAUGAUGGUGCCCCUCCUCCCACCCAGAUCGUGGAUAACUGGCUCAAGUUGCUCAACACCAAAUUUCGAGAGCAACCCGGCUGCUGCAUUGCCGUACACUGUGUGGCAGGCCUCGGACGAGCUCCAGUCUUGGUGGCCUUAGCCCUCAUUGAGUGUGGGAUGAAGUAUGAGGAUGCUGUGCAGUUCAUAAGACAGAAGAGACGUGGAGCCUUCAACUCCAAACAGCUUCUUUACCUCGAGAAAUACAGACCCAAAAUGCGUCUGCGGUGCAAGGAUAGCAUCUGCUGCGUUCAGUAGGCUGCCUGUCAGUGCGUCUUUCUUGUGCACAUCUAGUGGGGAAUCUUCCGAUAACGGGAGAGAUUUAAAAAGAAAAAACAAAACAAAACACGGAGAGUGCUAUCAGUAAUUAUUGUGAUGAUUUGUUAACACUGAGUCAUGGUUAAUUGAGAAGGAAGCGAGUGAUCAAAUGAAUGAGUCCAGAUCUGGGGAUCCACCAGCCGAACCAAUGAAUGGAAGGUUAAAGCACACAGAUAGGCCCGCCACCCGGUUUAUACUGUUCAACCACGGGCCAGAAUUUUUCAACUUGAGUCCAUCCUGUCUCUUAUGGGGUUUUUAUUUUACUUUUUUUUUUUUUUUUUUGUUCCAGUUUUAAUCAUGGGAUAACAGUUUCCAUUUUUUGUGAAUGUUUAUUUUUACACAAAUGUGGUGAUGAAAUUAUAUAUUCUCAUUUUGAUUUCCACUAUUGAUAUUUUAUAAUUGGGCCAGAACGACAUACUUUUUUUUUUUUUUUUUUUUUUUUUCUUUUUUAAAAUACACAUUGUGACUGUGUCUUUUUUUGCACAAAACUCAAAGGUUCACCUGAAAAAUGCAGUAAUGUUUUUUUUCUUCUUACCCUUCACUUGCUUUAAUGUCACUUUCAGUUUAGGGGGUCACUGAGUUUGAAUAUGUCUGUAAUAUUUAUUCACAAGAUAUGUGUGGCAGUUAAGAGUUUGGCAGGGGCAAGGACACUUUGUCAUCCAAUAGUUUUAGUUUUAUCUGUUUGAGAGCCAUGUCUUUUUUCUUCUUCUCUCUCUUUUUUUUUUUUUUUUUUUUUUUUUUUUUUAAAUCUUGUUGGAGUGCAAUAAUCAGUCCACCUCAGAAAUGUCCGCCAAACCCUGCUGAGUGUCCUACGCACACAUACACACAAACUUCAGAUUAUCAUCCAGGCCGUUUUAAAAAAUAAAAAACAAAAAAAAAAAUACAACAAAAAAACAAAAAUGUAACUACAACAGGUACUUGUAAUUUCAUUCUCUCUCCCUUCUGGGGCUACAAUAGGACUUUUUACAGGUAUGCGUAUUUAAACUCUUACACAGAGCCUAAGAUUCAAUCUGAAAGUCAAGCUGGAGAAGAAUGAAAGUGGUCAGUUUUUUAUCAUUGUACCCAUUUUGAAAACAUCCCCAAUUCAUAUUUGUUCUUUAAAGAUAAAUAAAUUCAAAUAAAAAGCAAA